GACGGCGACUCGGAGAGCCGUGAGUCGCUUCCUUCCACGCCGCCGGCACAAGCAGAGAAGCGAUGAUGCUACGCCGGCGGACUGCGUCUCUCGCUCCCUUCCUCUCCAAUCUCAACAGAUCGACUACCUCCUCUCCCUCCUUUUCGAGAAUCGUCAUCUCGCCUCGCCUUUCUUCCUCGGCAUCCGCUUCCUUUUCUACGGAACAGGCGGCGGGCGUCGGCAACAGUGCAGGGACUAGAAAAAAGAGGUCUCUGGGGCGGCAGCUGUGCCAGGUUGGGUUGAUUAGCCUUGCGGGUGGGUUUUUUCUCAGUGGCAUCAACGAUAUAGCUAUCUUCCAUGGAUGCAGCAGUAAAGCAAUUGAAAAAGCUAGCCAGAAUCAACAGAUAGUGGAGUCGCUAGGGCUGCCAAUUGUAAGGGGUCCAUGGUAUGAUGCUUCUUUUGCAGUAGGUUAUAGGCGACAGUCAGUGUCUUCCACAUUUCCUGUUUCUGGACCGCAUGGAACUGGCAUUUUUGAGUUGAAGGCACUUCGUCAAGGAGAGGACACAACCUUCUCAUUCUUAAAGCACCGUGACUGGGAUAUACUGAUCCUGGAGGCUCUCCUUCAUGUUCCUUCCAACAACGAGAAGCAGCAGACAAUACGAGUAAGUGUCACAGGCGAUUGCUCGUCAAUCGAUGCUACAUCUGAGUGUAUUCAGUGCAAACUCCCAGAGUCUCCUGCUACACCAGAGAAGUGAGAAUUUUGGGGUAUUGGUCAGUUUAGUUCUCACUUCUCGCCUUAACAUGGUGAAAGGUUACAUACAAAUGCUGCCAGUCUCGUACACAAGUAGCUACCAAGAGUGCUCUUGGUGUAGACUAUAAUGUGUUACUGUCAUAAGAUGCUGCUACUGCUUCGUCGACUCUUCAAUUCUUUCGAAUUAUCCUAGUUUUUCUCUUUGCGUAUUAUGUGGUUGCCCGAUAUCACUUUGCGGGAUAAUACUGGCCCGUACCAUUCAGAAUAUACUGAUGCAGACUUUGCAAUGCAUUCGUGCCAUAAGAUGCUGCUACAGCAUCAUUCACUAGUUAAUUCUCUUAUUUUUC